GCAUGCAUGUGUGAGUCUGAGCUUGUGUUUAUGCCUGUGUUGAGGGCUCUAAAGUGCGACCAAUUUGGUCGCAUAUGUGACGAAAUAUUUGUCUGUGUGACUAGGAGUUGUAUUUUGGGAGCACCGUGCGACUAUGAAAGCAAUAUUACACAUAAUAAUUGUUGUAAUGCUAAGGCAUUGCUGUAUCGUGGUUUCCGGGUGCCCUAGAGAAAAAUAUUUGAUAGCGUCAUGGUUGCGCUAUUACUACAAGGAAAAACGGCUUGCUUCUAGCAAAAUCAGGUCAAAAGACCUGGCCCACAAUUGAUGGCGCAACAUUUCUUUCUUCCUAUAGCGGACCCCGAGACCGCAUUUUACAUUCAUAAACCAUGUCGUGGGCAGUUCUGAACUUACUAGCGCAUCGUUAACCAUUUGUUUACACUUUGUUCAGUCAUGUUACCUCAUUGGCUAGCUAACAUUACCAAUAUAUCCAAACAUUUGGGGCCACAGAAAGAAAGGGAACUGGAUUUAUACAUUUAUAUAUUUCUGGUUCCCCUAAAUUUCAUAUGGUGCUCCUAACUUAAAAAAAAAAAAAAAUUGUUUAAUUGGGAGCACCAGUGUCAUCAAUGAAACAUUUGAAUUUAGAUCCCUGCCUAUGUUUGUCUGCCUACAUGCAUGUGACUUUAUUUACAUGUAAAGUAAGAUUUUGUAAAUUUAACUAGCCAAGUCAGUUAAGAACAAAUUCUUAUUUACUUACAAUGACGGCCUACCCCGGCCAAACCCUAACACGGACGACGUUGGGCCAAUUGUGCGCCGCCCUAUGGGGCUCCCAAUCACGGCCGGUUGUGAUACAGCCUGGAAUCAAACCAGGGUCUGUAGUGACGCCUCUAGCACUGAGAUGCAGUGCCUUUAGACUGCUGCGCCACUCGGGAGCCCACUAAGAUUAAGCACCACCAUUUCAAUUGAAAAACACUUACUGUAAAUCAAUGUAUUACAUUGAUGAAGGGAUCAUAUUUUGAAAUCAUAGGCUUACAAACAAAAAUGUGUACUUAAGAAGGGUUCUUCCCUCCUUUUUGACACAUGUCCAGAACAACCAUCCACUCCUCGAACACAACCACUUUCCUUCUAUGAUUCCUACCCCUCUCCUCAGGACACUCAUGCCUCUCCGGAAGGAAACCCUCAGAGACGUCUGGACAGACGACCGGUCUCAAGAAAGUCAAGAUAUGUCCACUCCACAUAAGCCAAAGAAGAAGGCAGAGUCAGCCAACCCAGCCACCAAUGGUGCCGAUGCCAAGCCCAAAAAGAGCAAGAACAAGAAGAGCGAAGAGCUGUCUGGAGAAGAGAAUCCUGCUGUUCAAAGUGGGAAAAAGGUCAAGAAAAAGAAACCAGACGGAGAAAAAACAGAAAAGGAAAAAGUGAAAGGGAAAGAGAAAGACGAGCCAAAGAAGAAAACAAAAAGUGUGCCAAAGAAAAAGAAAGGUUCAGAUACAGAAGAAGAUGAUGAUGAGGAAGAGACUCCACAAAAGAAGGCAAAGAAAAAGACCACAAAAGAAGGUUCUGACAAAGAUGGCAUGGAGAAGAAAUCCAAAGCGAAAGAUGACAAAGAGUAUGACAAAAAAACGAAGAAAGACACCAAGAAAAAGGAACCGGCUUCUCUGUUCUGUGUAAAUGGGGAUAAGGAUAAGUCAGACUCCAAGUGCAAGAAGAAAGCAGCCAAAUCUGAUAGUGAUGACAGUGAACCAGAAACCAAGUCCAGCAAGUCAAAAUCAAAAAAGAAGGAGAACGCCAACCCGGCAUCCAUGUUCGCAGCAGGGGGAGACAAGGACAAGGACAAGGGUAAAGACAAGAACAAAGACAAGAAGAAAAAGAAAGCCAAAGCAUCAGAGAGUGACGAUUCUGACUCCGAGGCAGAAAAAGGGACAAAAAAGAAAAAGAGAAAAGGGAAGAAGAAGAAGGAGGAGAGGCCUCCAUCCCCGGACAUUGAGUUUGACAGCCUGGAGGAGUUUGUCCUGCAGCCAGCCCAGCAGGGGGUGACGGUCAAAUGCAAGAUGACCCGGGACAAGAGGGGCAUGGACAAAGGCUUGUACCCCACAUAUUAUCUCCACCUCGACAAUGAAAAGAAGGUCUUUCUACUGGCUGGGAGAAAACGAAAGAAAAGCACAACCUCCAAUUACCUUAUCUCCAUUGACCCAACAGACUUGUCUAGGGGUGGAGAAAAUUUCAUUGGAAAGUUGAGGUCCAAUAUGAUGGGCACUAAGUUCACAGUGUUUGACAAUGCUCUGCAUCCAGACAGAGCUCUACCAGACAUGUCCAAUGCUCGCCAAGAACUAGCAGCCAUCAUUUAUGAAACUAAUGUCUUGGGAAUAAAGGGCCCCAGAAGGUUGACCGUCAUCAUCCCAGGAAUGGGCAAGGACAGUGAACGGGUACCCAUCCGACCUCGCAGCGACAACAACGGUUUACUGAUGAAGUUCCAGAACAGAAAGAUGGACAAUCUGAUCGAACUCCACAACAAGACCCCCACGUGGAACGACGACACGGCGUCACAUGUGCUGAACUUCAACGGCAGGGUCACACAGGCCUCCAUCAAGAACUUUCAGAUCAUCCACAGCAAAGAUGAGGCCUAUAUUGUGAUGCAGUUUGGACGAGUAGCAGAUGAUGCUUUCACUCUGGACUAUAGCUACCCCAUGUGUGCGGUGCAGGCCUUUGCCAUCGCUCUAUCCAGCUUUGAUGGCAAAAUAACCUGCGAAUAACAGGAAACCAUGGGCCCCUGAGCCGCCUCAAGCUGCUGCAACUCGUUAUAUUACACACUACCAGAAAGAAGAAUUUCCUUCACCACUCAACAUCAGUGCAAGGUACACAGAAGGAUGGACGUCCUAGACGAGAUGGGAAUCCAAGUGCAUUUGAUAACACAUGGACUGCCUUCUGGGAUUGUUUGGUUUGUUUGCGUCUCAUGCACAGGAGGCUGCUAAGGGGAGGGCGGCUCAUAAUAAUGGCCCGGAACUGAGCUGACGGAAUGGCAUCUUGAAGACAGCUUGGCUGUCGAAACGUUGGUAAUUACAUUUUUGCAUCUGAGCUCCUCUCUUUUAUUUUCAGGAAUGGCAUCAAACACCUGGAAACCAUGUGUUUGAUACCACUCCACUAAUUCCACUCCAGCCAUUACCACGAGCCCGUCCUCCCAAAUGAAGGCGCCACCAACCUCCUGUGGUCUCAUGAUAAUGAUAAUCAUAAACUUUUCUGGGAACAACGUUACUUUGUCCAUAGGAGAUCCUUGCUGAUGCUACAUGCAAGGCUGAGCACUUGAGAUGUGGUGUGCUUUGGCAUUUACACCAUUUCAGUUUCGGGGAUGCAGACCAAUUGGGGGAUGAAAGUAACAUCUGAAGACUGAAAGCCUAUCUCCCUCCCAUCUACAUCAAGGAUUUUAUAGUAUAGUACAUGUCCAAUUCAUUCUGUUGUAUUUCGUUUGGAAGGCAAAUCCAAUCAUGUGUAAUCUCAAGUCCAUUGGUAGAAAAACUGGGUCUACGUGGACUUAUUUAGGCAUACUUGUUCUUAUUAUCAGUAGGGUUACGUUUGUUUCCAUGCAUUGUGUUAUGUCAACAUUAUGAAAUUGACCUUAUUUUAGCUCAAUGUGUGCUUAUCAGAUGUCUACUGUAUGUUCAUGUUAGGGAUUUUUAUCACCAAUAUUAUGACCUCAAACAAAUUAGAGGUUUCAUUGUGAACACUUAAGAGGCAGUGGCACAAGGCAAUAUGCUUGUACCAAUUGACUGUCGACAGUCAAGUAUUUUACUAAUCUCAUUUGCUGUUCUCAUUCCACUCAAGCAACAAUUUUGUUGUUCUGAUACCUGCCUUUUUAUGUUCUCUCUAUGUACAGUUGAAUUCGGAAGUUUACAUACACCUUAGCCAAAUACAUUUAAACUCAGUUUUUCGCAAUUUCUGACAUUUAAUCCUAGUAAAAUUCCCUGUUUUAUGUCAGUUAGGAUCACCAUUUUAUCUUAAGAAUAUGAAAUGUCAGAAUAAUAGAGAAUGAUUUAUUUCAGCUUUUUAUUUCUUUCAUCACAUUCCCAGUGGGUCAGAAGUUUUCAUACACUCAAUUAGUAUUUGUUAGCAUUACCUUUAAAUUGUUUAACUUAGGUCAAACGUUUUGGGUAGCCUUCCACAAUAAGUUGGGUGAAUUUGGGCCCAUUCCUCCUGACAGAGCUGGUGUAACUGAGUUAGGUUUGUAGGCCUCCUUACUCACGCACACUUUUUCAGUUCUGCCCACAAAUUGUCUAUAGGUUUGAGGUCAGGGCUUUGUGAUGGCCUCUCCAAUACCUUGACUUUGUUAUCCUUAAGCCAUUUUGCCACAACUUUGGAAGUAUGCUUGGGGUCAUUGUCCAUUUGGAAGACCCAUUUGCGACCAAGCUUUAUCUUCCUGACUGAUGUCUUGAGAUGUUGCUUCAAUAUAUCCAUAUCUUUCCUUCCUCAUGAUGCCAUCUAUUGUGUGAAGUGCACUAAUCCCACCUGCAGCAAAGCACCCCCACGUUUGAACCAGACUUGUGGAGGUCUACAAUUUUUUUUUCUGAGGUCUUGGCUGAUUUCUUUUGAUUUUCCCAUGAUGUCAAGCAAAGAGGCACUGAGUUUGAAGGUAGGCCUUGAAAUACAUCCACAGGUACACCUCCAAUUGACUCAAAUGAUGUCAAUUAGCCUAUAAUUUACUGGAAUUUUCCAAGCUGUUUAAAGGCACAGUCAACUUAGUUUAUGUGAACUUCUGACCCACUGGAAUUGUGAUACAGUGAAUUAUAAGUGAAAUAAUCUGUCUGUAAACAAUUGUUGGAAGAAUUACUUGUGUCAUGCACAAAGUAGAUGUCCUAACCGACUUGCCAAAACUAUAGUUUGUUAACAAGAAAUUUGUAGAGUGGUUGAAAAACUAGUUUUAAUGACUCCAACCUAAGUGUAUGUAAACCGAGAACUGUAUGUUCUCUCUUAGUCUAGAUUCUGACUUUGUAUGAAUCAUGUGGACAAGAGACUUAUAUUGACAGCUAUUGACAAACAUAAGGCUCCAUUAUUGUUGUUUUGAUAAUGAUUCUUAAUGAAGGUAACAAUGCAUUUCAGUGUCUUGCGAACCAAAGUGCAGGCUUGGAGAUAAAUUCAUUAUUAUUUGUGCAUGUUAUCUGCAAAUAAAGUAUGACAUGUUUAAAACAAAUUCUUACAGGAUAAGCGCAUUGUUGCACAAACAAUUUUAUUUUACACCUGCUACAUUAGGUUGCACAACUCCAAAAAAUGACGAUGUAGUUUACUGUGCAUUUGACAGCACUAUACUAGUGUUUACAUUAAAACUAAUUGGAAACUCAA